CUUCUGUAAACCAACUGCAUACUACUGUCUACACUGUGCUAUAUUUCUUGUUCUGCCUAUGCACCACCUGUCUAAACUUUGUGUGUUACAUUGCACUUUUUUGCCGUUCUGGUUAGACACAAACUGCAUUUCGUUGUCUUUGUAGCCUGUGUUUUUAAACUGUUCUUGGCACGUAUGCCACACCCACUAGCACUGCAUCACUGAUUGGUGUUGUAUUUUAGUGCGUACACACUCACUUUGACAGUUGUUUUGAACUGUUCUUUGCACAUGUCAUACCCACAAGCUCUGCAUCAAUAUUUCAGGGUUGUGCAAAACACUACAUCACAGGUUGACAUUGCAGUAAGUGCACACUUACUAGCCUGUGUUUUUAAACUGUUCUUGGCACUUAUGCCACACCCACAAGCAUUGCAUCACUGAUUGGUGUUGUAUUUUAAUGCGUACACACUCACUUUGUCAGUCGUUUUGAACUGUUCUUUGCACACACAUUUUACGUACACAUCAAGUUUACUCUGCUGUUUGUGUUACUCACACACUGGUUGAUAUUGCAUCACUGAUUGGUGUUGUAUUUUAAUGCGUACACACUCACUUUGUCAGUCGUUUUGAACUGUUCUUUGCACACACAUUUUACGUACACAUCAAGUUUACUCUGCUGUUUGUGUUACUCACACACUGGUUGAUAUUGCAUCACUGAUUGGUGUUGUAUUUUAAUGCGUACACACUCACUUUGUCAGUCGUUUUGAACUGUUCUUUGCACACACAUUUUACGUACACACCAAGUUUACUCUGCUGUUUGUGUUACUCACACACUGGUUGAUAUUGCAUCACUGAUUGGUGUUGUAUUUUAAUGCGUACACACUCACUUUGUCAGUCGUUUUGAACUGUUCUUUGCACACACAUUUUACGUACACAUCAAGUUUACUCUGCUGUUUGUGUUACUCACACACUGGUUGAUAUUGCAGUAUGCACACUUACUAGCCUGUGUUUUAAAACUGUUCUUGGCACGUAUGCCACACCCACAAGCACUGCAUCAAUAUUUCAGGGUCGUGCAAAACACUACAUCACAGGUUGACAUUGCAGUAAGUGCAUCACUGGUUGGUAUUGUAUUUUUAGUGCGUACACACUCACUUUGCCUGUUUUGUUGUUCUUGGCACUUAUGGCACACUCACAAACAUGGUUGGUAUUAUAUUUAUACCUGUUCUUGGCACCUGUCUUACUCACACUACAUGUUCUACGUGGCGACUACAAACGAGGACACAGCCCUGCAGUACACCCGUGUUGAUGAUCACUGCUGAGGUUGAGGUUUCAACAAACACAAAUCGCUGGUUAAUAUUGUAUUUAAGUACGUACACACUCACUUUGCCUGUGUUGUUGAACUGUUCUUGGCACAUGCCAUACUCACACACCAAUUCACUGAUAAAUGUUGUCAAUUGUACAAUAAGUGGGGACUUACUUUCUUGUGUUUUAAAACUGUUCUUGGCACAUAUGCCACACUGACACACACCGCAUCAUAGUCAAUAGUAGGCCUACAAGGUCCAGCAUAUACUACUACAUCACUGGUUGAUGUUGUAUUGCUGUAAGUCAACCGGAUUCCAAUGGCCAUCCUGUGACAGGCUCAGGAAAGCACUACGUCCUCUAUGACAAAUUCCACCAGUCAAACACAAAAGAUCCACAGGAUGUGCUGCGCAGAAUCUUCAUUGCUCCUGAACUGCAGGCAACUCUGAACAGUCAGGUGGCUGAGCAACUGUUCGCUUGUCUGAGGAAGAACAAUUACUUUCUAAACAACAUGGGACCAUCUGCUCACAUCUUCCUGAUGCGGAACAUCAUAGAGCACAGGAACAACCAGCAAAACAACACACUGCUGAAACGCCAGCUGAGAAGGGGUCUUCAGGUUCAAGACCUGAACAGUGUCACCCUGUCAGACUUGGGCCAAGUGCUACUAGGUGCAAAAACAUUGCCAGACAGAACAUCACAGCAAAGUCAUCCGGAAGGUCUACAGCCACCUGUAAUUGAAGUGUCACCGCAAAGUGAACCUUGUCUGUUGAACGCUUCAACUCACUGUGGGCAGGACUGUGCAGCACUGACUGUCAUUGUUAAUAUCAGGCCCUGCAGAAGUUCGUGGGGUCCUAAUGGAGUUCAUCCCCUUCAGGAAAAGCUGUUCAACUACGUACUGAAUGACAGUGGGCCAGCAAAUGAGCUCAUUGUUAAAGCUGGUCCAACAUGUCUAACCAGGGAGAAUUUACUGACCUUGGGGACAAACAGGGAGAUGGACUCUGUGGUGGGGAAUGCUUGUUUGAGGUUGGUUCAGGAGAUGGUCCAACUUCAGGGGAAAGAUGUUUUCAUCAUGGACCUUCACACGCCCCCAACAUGGCUCCCACCCAUGGAUUGUGACCCUCUGCAUAGUCUUCCUGUGGAUUACGCGAAGAAGACACUGAUAUUUCCUCUGUGGACUCGAGGGCAUUAUCUGCUUUGUGUCAUGGAGCCACUGAAAACAUUAAUCUUGUUCAUGGACUCGAUGUAUGCCAAGAAAGAACAAGGCUUUGGGCACAAGCCUUAUCAACACAUUUUGAGGGCUCUUGCACAGAGGAUAGCACCAGGACCUUGGCAGGAACAGACAGGGCUGGACAUUGAGGGCCUCCCACAGCAACAUUUUGGUGUUGACUGUGGAAUUUUCAUGAUCAUGUAUGCUUGGUACAUCGCCCUGGAGACACCAUUUGAUUUCUCCAUACAUGACAUGCCCUACCUGAGGAGGUGGUGGUGCACAGUGUUAAUGGAGAAUCUGGAGAUCGAGGGGCAUGGAAGAAGAUUCGCACAUUUCACAGAGGAGGGCAGAAAGACGGCAGACGGUAGUGUGGCACCUGUUUUCCGUGUGCCACGAAAAAGGAAGCUGGACACUAUGGAUGGUAAUGGGCAGAUAAUAGUUGGGCCACCAGCAGCAACAUCAGCAGCUCCUACAGCCCCAACAGCAGCUCCAACAGUCCAGUGUGACAGCUGUGUCUCCAUUGAACAGAGAGAAGAGAGUUUCAGUGAAUUAGAGGACUUCAAUGAAGAAUGUGAGGACACAAGUUGUGAGGAAAGAGAAGAGCGUUUGCGUGAGAUACAGGAGCUCAGCAAAGACUACCAGAACACUAAAUGGCUCUUCGAAGAGGCAAAAAAGGCAGCAGACUGGUUGAAUGAAAACAGUGGGCUGAUAAAAAAUAAAUAUUGGCUGCCACGGGUGUUGGACAUGGAGGCGGAAGAGCAGGAGGAGGUGCUGGCCAGACAGUUUGUCCAGUUGGACGUUGAAAACAUGAAUUUGUUCACAUUUCAAUUUACCACCGUCCAAGAUCACGAAACAUUUUCUAUUCAUGUACGGGACGAACUUCACAUUCGGGCAAUGACAUCAUUUGUCCAAAGAUCGUUUCCAAAUGAAAAAUAAAAAACUCAAAUAACAUUGA